CUGUCAUGUAGUUGUUGUUUAUCAGAGCACGCUGCACAGUACACGGAGCUUUAAACCGGCACUUUUUUGUUAAGAAAACCAAGAUGGGAAAAGGGAAACGGAAAACGGUCAUUUCUACCAAACCAAAACUUGGAGAUGCCAGUGUAAGCGAACAUGCUGAGAAAGACGCAAAAGAAAACAAACAUGGACAGCUUGUGGCUUCCCAUGGACAGUUAACAAUAACCAGUUGUCUAAAUAAGCUCCGCUCUCCUCUGAAGAAUUCCCCUCUUGCCCCAUUACAUGAGAACAAUUCAGCAACGAGCACUAAUGAGACCAAUAAACAGGGUGCAGCUGAGUUAAACCCACCUAAACAAGUUAAAAAUACACAGAGUGAAUCAUCUAAUGAUCAAACUGCUGUGCCCCGGGAUUCUGAGACGAGAAAACAAACACAAUCUGGACAAAGAAUUAACAGCAAAAAGUCAAAAGGCAAAAAAGUAAAAGUCAACGCUUCUGAACAGAAUCAAAAGGUCACAGAUUAUUUUCCUAUUAGACGAAGUUGCAGGAAAAGCAAAGCUGAGCUGACGUGUGAAAAACAACGACACAUUGAUGACCUCAUCAAAAACAAUGUGGAAGAGGGGCUUAAGGUGAAAUAUAUCGAAGGAAAAGGACGAGGGAUUUUUGCAGACAGAGAGUUUCCGCGAGGUCAGUUUGUAGUGGAGUAUCACGGUGAUUUGCUGGAAAUCGCCGACGCUAAGGCGAAAGAAUCUCAGUAUGCUCAAGACCCCAACACGGGCUGCUAUAUGUUUUAUUUCCGUCACAUCGACAAAACCUACUGUGUGGAUGCGACUAAAGAAACCAGUCGACUGGGCCGACUGAUCAAUCACAGUAAGAAUGGCAACCUUCAGCCCAAAUUGCAUGAGAUAAAUGGAGUUCCUCACCUUAUCCUGCUGGCUUCAAGAGACAUUAAAGUAGACGAGGAGCUGCUGUACGAUUAUGGAGAUCGCAGUAAAGAAGCAACUGAAGCUCAUCCGUGGCUUAAGCAGUAACUCGAUGUAAUUAAUGUAUGGAUGUGUCACAUGAUCUGUGUUGCCUAAUUGUUUUAAAGUCCACUGUUACAGAUUUUUGUACUGUAAAAUGAACUAUAUGAAAAUGGUAUAAGAUUCCUAUUGAUUGCAACUUUUUUUUAAAGUGUUAUUACAUCAUAAGAUGAGUGUGAUGAUGAUCUUCCACUUUUGUUUUUGUCAAUUUGGAUGUUCUUGAAACGUGAUUAAGGAUGAAAGCCCUUAGUUUUAUUGAAUCACUUUUAUC